UUAAUCCACCUGUAGAAUAAUUUUAUAGCCGUCAAUAUUGACUGUACUUUAUCAUAAGACAAUAAUUCUAGGACAUUCACAAAAAGUUUCUUCAUUCAAAACAGUGUGUCUAGUACAGUAUUUUUCUGUUGUUAGUUAUACGAGAAGUUUUAAAUAUGUAUUCAAAACUUUACGAUAAAAGUGUAAUGCGAAUUGGCUUUAUUGGCGUUGGACGAAUGGCGCAAACUUUAGCUAAAGGCAUUAUAAGUGGAGAGCUUGCACAACCAGAGAAGAUCCUUUGCAGUUGUCCUAGAGUUGAUGUUCAAUUACUGGAGCAGAUGAGAAAAUUGGGCUGCCGUACAACUGCAGACAACGGUGAUGUAGCUGAACAUGCAAGAGUUUUGAUUCUCGCUAUAAAACCCCCAGUUGUACCAUCUGUUUUGAAGGAGAUCACCCAGUACAUAACUCCUCAACAUUUAGUCAUCUCUGUAGCUAUGGGAAUUACAACACGACAGAUAGAGCAGGUUCUCCCACCGAAAUCCCGAGUGAUCAGAGUCAUGCCAAACACGCCAGCUUUAGUGAGGGAAGGAUGUUCCGUGUUUUCGUGUGGUAAGAACAUACUGGAGGAAGAUCCAGGUCUUGCCCAUAAAAUAUUCUCUAGUGUUGGUAUUUGUGAUCAAAUAGAGGAAGACUUAUUGGAUGCUGUCACUGGUCUCAGUGGAAGUGGUCCUGCUUAUGCUUAUAUGGCGAUUGAAGCCUUAGCAGAUGGAGGUGUUAAGAUGGGUAUAAGACGAGAUCUGGCAGUAAAAUUAGCCGCUCAAACAUUACUGGGAUCUGCAAAAAUGGUCCUUGACACACAACAACAUCCAGGUUCCCUUAAGGAUGAUGUAUGCUCACCUGCAGGAACUUCAAUACAAGCAGUCCACGAAUUGGAGAAAAGUGGAUUCAGAUCUGCACUUAUUUCUGCAGUAGAAUCUGCAACGCGUAGGUCAAAAGAAACAGGAGGAAUGCUCUCAUAAGAGAUCAUAUUUUACUUUGCAAUUUUAUAUGUGAUGUAAAUUUGUAUUUAUUAUAGCCAAGCUCAAUAUUAAAGAGAAUUUUUUAAAUCUA